CUGGUUUGGAUGUGCAGCUCUUCUUCCUAUCAUUAGGUGAGAACAGCAGAAACUGCUAGCGCUAUAGCAGCCAGAGCUAUAGCUAGCUUGUGGCCAAGCCUUCCUUAUUAGCAUUGUGGGGGGAGAAAGAGAUGGGUAGCUUGGGAGAGGUUGAUCAUGGCAAGGAGAUGUUCCAUGGCCAUUGCCACUCUGAUCCCGUCGUCGACGAGCUCAAUCGGCUGGAGAAUCUCCUCAGAGAAAAGGAGCGAGAGCUGGGACAUGCAUACAGUGAAAUCAAAGGCUUGAAGGUGACCGAAGCUCUGAAGGACAAGGCUAUUGCUGAACUGAGCAAGGAACUAAAGAAACAGGACGAGAAGAUGAGAAGUUUGGAAAAACAGCUUGAGCAAAAGAAUUUGGAUGUGAAACGACUAAGCAAUGAGCGUAAAGAAGCACUUUCUGCACAGUUCGCUGCAGAGGCAACACUAAGAAGGAUCCACUCUUCCCAAAAAGACGAGGAAUCAGUUCCCUUCGACGCCAUCAUCGCACCCUUGGAGUCAGACAUAAGAAAGUACAGACAUGAGAUUGCAGUUCUCCAGGAUGACAAGAAGGCGCUAGAACGGCAUGUAAAGUUGAAGGAGGUGGCGCUUGUCGAAGCAGGGAAUAUUUUGCGUAGCGCACUUGAGAGGGCACUGAUUGUAGAGGAUGUUCAGAACCAGAACAUCGAACUGAAGAAACAGAUGGAGAUAUACCAUGAAGAGAACAAAUUGUUAGAAAAGGCUAACAGGCAGAAGGUAUUGGAGGUUGAGAAGCUCACGCAUACCAUUAGUGAGCUUGAGGAGUCAAUUCUUGAGACUGGUGAGGUUGCCAAUGCAGUGCACUUCUAUCAGAAUCAGGCUGCCAAGUUGAAUGAGGAAAAGAAAACUCUUGAGAGGGAGCUAGCACGAGCCAAGGUUUAUGUCAAUCGUGUUGCAUCGACAGCGGCGAACGAAUGGAAAGACGACUCUGAUAAGUUGAUGCCUGUCAAGAGAUGGCUUGAAGAACGAAGGCUCUUGCAGGGAGAGAUACAACGACUGCGUGACAAGAUAACAAUAGCAGAGAAAUCUGCAAAGAUUGAAGCCCAACUUAAUGACAAACUCAAAAGGAGGCUGAAGUCACUCGAACAUGACAUGAGAAAUGAAAUAUCCAACUCAUCUACAAAGGAUAUUAACAAAAAAGUCACUACCAAGAGAUCAACAUCUCAACCAAGACAACCCAACACAGCCAGAGUGUCACCUCAACCAUCCUCACCUGAAGCCAUUGAUAGGAGAAGGCCAAUAUCUCAACCAAGGCCGUCAAUAGCAGGGAAAGUGUUGAAGCAACCUAAUUCAGAAGCAGAAUCUGCAGAGAAGACUAGGGUUGCUAAGAGAUUCGAUAGCCCCAGAGCAAGAACGGUCAUUGCCAAGGGUGAACGUCCCACGAAAAAUCAUCUGUGGGCACCAAGAAUCAAAAUGCCCUCUGAUGCUGGGAAAGAGAACAAAGAACAAAACCCAAAUCCUAAGGCACAUCUGAAUGUUUCACAUUCACAAGGGCAGAGCGACACAAAAGUAUUUGAUGGAAAUGAUGAAUGUGGAGUUCAAUGUAGCGAACAUCAAGAAGCUAUGGAAAAUGAGAGGAACGCAAACAGCUCCAGUGCUGAACGUAGCCCUUAGGACAACAGCGCAAGCUCCGUCCUUGGGGACUUCCUUUUGCAACAGGCUACGUAAUAGAAGUGCAAAUAACAUAUUGUCAUGUACAGAUGCAACAUGUGACUUAUUUUAAAAAGCGUGUGCCAGCUGUGGUGUAAUUUAUUCCAUUUGGGAGGUUGUUUGAACAACAAAGCCAGCAGUUGUGUCGCCACCUUAUCUUGUUUCUUUGUAAUCCUCUGUACACAUAAGCUAUACCUCAAAGUUUACAAAUGUAAUUUUGUGUGACUGCUGAAAAGAAAGAAAUCAGUUUGUGCCCUUUUUUGAGGAAUUGUUUAUUUUGUCGAAUAAGAGUUGUUACUAAUGUAAUGGAACCGUAAAAAAGAAGUGAAGAGUGUGACAAUGAAUCUUGGUGUUUUCGUUA